UGCUAUCCACAAGCACAAAAACUUCCGUGCGGUCGGAGGCGGAGCACACAACGUGACUCUGCUCUUUUUGCUCCCCUCAUCUCUUCUCUUCUCCUUCGUCGUCUCACCUCUACAUGAGCUCCGGCGAAGCUCAGUCGCAGAAAUGGCUGCUCCUCCAUUGCCGUCUCCUCAUCUCCUCCAAUUCCCUCUCCACUCCUCUUCCUCCCCUUCAUCCUCCUCUCACUACCUCCUUUUCCCCUCUUCGUGGCCGAGUCCGCCUCAGAUCUCCCUGCAGCAGGGCUUGAGCUCUGUGUUUCCCCUCGCGCUGAGGCUCUCCUUCAGAGUAAAGUGCUCCACCAAAUCGUCGGAGGAGGAUCGCUGGAGCCAAUUGGAGAGCAUUUCCAGCGACUCCGAAGAAGGUGGGGACCAGAGCCAGCCCGAGCCGCGCCAGAAUUCGCUGAGAAACGCGGCGUCUUCCGGCGACGGCCUCUCUCUUGGAAUUCGAGAGCCGGUUUACGAGGUGGUGGAAGUGAAGUCAAAUGGGAUGGUAUCCACUCGGAAAAUUAAUAGACGGCAGUUGUUGAAGUCAAGUGGUCUUCGUCUUCGAGAUGUCCGGAGCGUAGAUUUAUCACUGUGGUUAACAAAUUCAAUGCCUUCUCUUCUGGUCCGUGAACAUGCUAUUCUACUGAAUUUAGGCUCUUUACGGGCAAUAGCAAUGCAGGAACAAGUCCUUAUUUUUGACUAUAACGGUAAAGGAGGGAAGGCUUUUAUAGAUUCAUUGUUGCCUCGCUUGAAUCCUAGAAAUAUGAACGGAGGCCCAUCUAUGCCAUUUGAACUAGAGGUUGUUGAAGCUGCCUUGCUUUCACGAAUACAGAGAUUAGAACAGAGAUUAAUGGAUUUAGAACCUCGUGUCCAAGCUUUGCUUGAGGUUUUACCCAACCGAUUAACUGCCAACAUAUUAGAGCAACUUCGACUUAGCAAGCAAACCUUGGUUGAAUUGGAUUCAAGGGCAGGAGCUCUCAAACAAAUGCUGCUUGAUAUUCUGGAGGAUCCUCAUGAAAUUCGCCGCAUAUGUAUAAUGGGAAGAAACUGCACUCUCAAGAAAGGAAGCAAUGAUCUAGAAUGCUCUGUUCCACUAGAAAAGCAGAUUGCUGAAGAAGAGGAGGAAGAAAUUGAAAUGCUUUUGGAAAACUAUCUUCAAAGAUGUGAAUCUUGUCAUGGUCAGGCAGAAAGGCUUCUUGAUUCCGCGAAAGAAAUGGAAGAUUCCAUUGCAGUCAAUCUAAGUUCAAGAAGGCUUGAGGUGAGCAGAGUAGAAUUGCUUCUCCAGGUUGGAACAUUUUGUGUUGCAGUUGGUGCUCUGGUUGCAGGUAUAUUUGGCAUGAAUUUGAGGUCCUAUCUUGAAGAACAUGUGUUUGCAUUUUGGCUUACGACAGCUGGGAUUAUAUUUGGCGCUGUUGUGGCUUUUUAUCUUAUGUACUCGUAUCUUAGGACAAGGAGAAUAUUGUAAUUGUAGGGAACAACUCAAUUGAAGGUGAUGGUUUAAUCAAGAGCAUUCAGUUCGGAGUAACUUGCAGUGGUGAAGAGCAGAUGUUGAUUCAAGUGCUUAGCACAAUAUGAUUUUACUGGCAAGCUGUAUUUAUUAAUACUUGGCUCCUACGUGAUUGCCGCAUUAGUGAUUGUUGAAGCCAAUGGGCUUUCUGUUCCCAUCAAUUGCUCAAACUUAGAAUGGUUUUAGCUGGUGGAAAGAGGGAGGUAGAACGUUCCCAAAUUUACACUGGUUUUGUAGCUAGAAAGUUUACAGGGCAAGUGGAACAUGUUUGCCCUUGAGAUGGGACAGCAUUGUGAUGUUCUUUGAAUAAAUCUUUAUAGAAUAAAUGUAGUAGAGGUGUUGGAGAUA